CUUUUCCUGGCAGCUCUCGCAAGAGAUCUUCUAUGAAAGAGGUUAGUUUUUUUUCUGCAAUUGUAUCUGCCAUGUAAUAGUCGAACGUAUUGGUAACUUGUUGCUUUCUGUCUGUAGAUUUCAUCACCAGCAUCACGACCUUUUUCUCUCCCACCUCUUACUGAGCAUCUUAAGUCGUUGGAGAGUGUGAUAUCGAGUGACUCUAAACCAUUUAUUAAGUUCUAUGGUGAUGCCAUUCGGACUUGGUGUGAUGAUGCUCCCACGCAAGCGGACUAUGAUGCUGUGGGGAGAGCGAUAAUAUCAAGGCACGCAAGCCUAGCUGACACUACUGCCCCUCGACCACAUGGUAUUGUGUGCUCCUUGCUUAGCCAGUACGUACGAAAUGCUAGGUCCAGGGAAAAGAAGGCCAAGAAUGGUCUUGAGAACUCGGAUGACAAGAGUACAGUUAAACCACCACCUUCCAAGCGUUUAAAAUUUUCUCUGCCUGAGUCAGAAAGCAAUGGUCUAACUGACGAAGACAUGAAAAUGAUGGAUGCUGAGCUGGGGAAACUUGAUGCCGUUGGGGACACACCACACGUCAGACGGCUCAUGAAGGAUUCUUAUCCCCUUCGUCUACGUUCGAUAUCUUCUGCCUCUGAAUCAGCAAGACCAUCUGACAUCCUUGCAAGAUUUCCUCAUCUUAAAAAUGUUGAACUGGCAUUGACUCCUCUUGGUAAUGAUUUGUCAAGCAACCAAAAUGAAGGGGCUAGAUUAGUUGUGUACAUUGCAGACAACACUAUUGCAGUAGCUUUCAUAAUUGCGGAUGAUACUAAAUUCAAGAUUGAGAGCCCUUCUGUUGAGAAAUGUAUGCUGGCACUGACUGCAUAUUAUCAUGGACUUGACCGUACAUAUCCGACUGCGUACAAAAGUUUCUUUUCUCUGUUUGAUGAGUUUAUUUUUAAAUUGAAAGUUAGUGUGCCUAUAUCGUACAAAUGUUUCAAAAAGGAUUAUCUUGUGUGAAAUAUCAAGUGAAAUGUUGUGUCUUACUUUGCAUCUGUAGUUGUAUUUUUAAAUAUUUGACUGAUUUUAUUGACUUUAUUCAACCUAUAUACUGGUUCUACCCUUCUGUUUAGCUAAUAAGUAAUAAAAUAUGCAACCAUAUUAAUUUUGUGCAGAUAUUAUUUGUAUUUCAACACAUUAAUUCUGUGUUAAAUUAACACAUUCUUACUGGAUUACUUUUUGGUU